AUGCGAGGAAAACAAUCCAUUCAGGCUGCAUUUCACAAGUUGGAUGAUAAAGGUAAGCACGACUAUUUGGUUCGCUUAAAUGCUUCAAUUGAUGUGGUAAGACUUCUCCUGAAUCAAGAUUUGACACUCCGCGGUCAUGAUGAGAGUGAAUCGUCAUUGAACAAGGAGAAUCUAAAUGGUGACUACUUUGCUUUAUUGGUUGAUGAAUCUAGAGAUGUGUCACGCAAAGAGCAAAUGGUUAUUUGCUUGCGAUAUGUUGAUAAAAAGGGAUUUGUGAUGGAGGCAUUUAUUGGACUUGUUAAUGUUAAAGAUACUAGUGCUUUAUCUCUGAAGAAAGCAAUUGUGGAUGUGUUUGCUCAACAUUCUUUAACUUUAUCUUAUGUACGUGGGCAAUGUUAUGAUGGGGCAAGUAAUAUGCAAGGUGAGCUAGGUGGUCUUAAAACAUUGAUUAAACAAGAAAGUAGAUCGGCUCAUUCUAUUCAUUAUUUUGCUUAUCAACUCCAAUUGACUUUUGUCGCGGUUUCUAAAAAGUGUAUUCAGGUGGGAGAACUUGUACUAUUGGUUCCAAAUAUUUUGACUGUGUUGGGAGCUUCUUUUAAACGUGUGGAUGCAUUUCGAGAGUCUCAAAAAGAAAAACUCCGAGAGGAAUUAGAUAUGGCCGGUGAUACUCGUUGGGGAUCUCACUACAAGUCAUUUGGAAACUUUAUUAGUAACUUUGCCUCUAUUGUUGAUGUACUUGAUACUCUUGUUGAAAAUGCAAGUACUCCGGAUGAAGGAGCAAGCGCAUCGGGAUUUCUCAGAAGUUGUCAAACGUUUGAGACUGUUUUCUUAUUGCAUUUGAUGACUGAUAUUUUAGGAAUCACAUACGAUCUUAAUGUGUCAUUACAGAAAAAGGAGCAGGAUAUUGCAAAUGCCAUGAUUCUUGUUAAGGUAGCAAAGAGAAGGUUGCAAGCUUUAAGAGAUAAAGAAUGGGAUCCUCUCCUAAAAAAGAAUAUUGGAUGGGAUUUACUUAAAGAAAAGGUUGAAACCUUCUGUAUCAAGCAUAAAAUUCCAUUACCCAAUUAUGAUGAUCCAUAUGCUAACUCUGGGAGAUCACGACAUAAAGUGGUUGAUCUUUCAACUUUGCAUCAUUACCGUGUGAAUAUGUUUUAUAAAAUUAUUGAUUGGCACAAGAACUUAAUGACUGUUUCAACGAGGUGA